AUGGCAAUUGACGGACUCAUCAUACUCGAAUCUAACGGACGACCAAUCAUCCAGACGAACUUCAAGUCAACGUCGCCGGCUUAUCCACUUCUCCAUAUCGAAGCGUUCAACAACGCGAUUGCGGAUUCUGAACGCAGUCAGAUAGAUCCAGUGCUAUAUGUCCAUUCAGAUCAAGGCCCGUCGGUAUGCUGCCACACGGAAUGCGGGAUAGGGUUAACGUUGCUUUGCCCAGUCAGAGGAGAUGUCGAUGCGCUGUAUAUUUUUGCUUUCAUGCAACUAUUCGUCGAGACGCUACAAGAUUAUCUCGGUGAACUAUCGGGUUCUACCUUACGGGACCACUUUGACAUCGUAUAUCAACUAGUGGAAGAGAUGCUCAACAACGGCCAUCCCUUGACGACGGAACGCAGUGCGCUGCGAGAUAUCGUACUUCCACCAUCUCUGCUCAAUAAGAUAUUGUCAGCAACGGGUGCUAAUACGCACAAGGCCAGCACGAACCCGUUCGCAUCUCCGAUACCAUGGAGGAAACUUGGUGUUAAGCAUACUGCUAAUGAAAUUUUCUUUGAUAUGUCAGAGGAGAUGCAAGCAAUCGUUGACAAAAAUGGCUCGGUCAUAUCCAGCCAAGUAUGGGGGAGAAUUGAAACAAACUCUAAGCUUUCUGGAAUUCCUGAUUUACUGCUUCUGUUCACGGAUAACAAGUUCCUACAAGACUGUUCGUUUCACCAGUGUGUGCGACUGCAGCGAUGGUUGCGAGACAAAGCUGUAUCGUUCGUACCGCCAGAUGGUCGCUUUGUGCUCAUGGAUUAUCAAUAUAUACCUGUUCCGUCCUCAGGUGCAAUAAAUGCACGACCUCUUCCUGUCCCUUUUUCCCUCUUACCGACAAUCAAGAUUGACGAGAACGGGGGAUCAUUUGAUUUUGUUUUGACAUCCAGGUUGUCUACCCGUGUCAUUGAUCGGUUGACUGUGGAGUUGUGCCUCGGAGACAGUGCGACGGGAGCAAACUGUACUGUUUCAUCUGGAGCCUCGUGGGGGUUUGAUCCAAAAACUCGGAAGCUGAGGUGGGAAAUCUUGAAGGCGCCUCAAGGGGCAUCCCAUAAUUUGCGAGGCUCCUUCUCUUGCUCGAAACCUCGACCUGAAAUAUCAAGGGCCUUCCAGAUAUCCUUCGAGAAUAACCAGUCCACUUUCUCUGGUUUGAAGAUAGAUCAGUUGCGUAUUUCACAUGAGUCAUACAAGCCAUUCAAAGGUGUGAGGGGACGUUCCUACGGACAAAUUGAGUGGAGAUGGAGAUGACAUUAUGCAAUUCAUGGCAUUCAGCGACUAUGCAGAUAGUGUUAUUUGCUAAUAUAUAUUAAUGUAAGUUUUGGUCCCAGUCUCUAUUUGAACCGCUGCGCCCCUCUAUACUUCGGCACUGAGGUGAAUUUACCAUAAGUAUCGGAAACCUUCUUCCAGUCAACCACUGUAAAGAACCGGCGAACAUAUUCCUCCUUCCCCCAUACUCCGAGACCAGCAGAUAUCCAUGUGUGUUCGAACAAUGACAAGCAGAGCAGAGGAUACAAUCUGCUACCCAUCGCGUGCAUUUGUUUACGCUUUACAGGAAUGUUUGUCGUAUAGGCGGUGUCUUCUUCCCGUACAGAUGGAUUGCUAAAGGUCACGGCGGAAGAAUAGAAAGAACGAGCAGGAGUGUUCGGAUUAAGCUGCGAGAGCGGGGCCUUGACACCGGACACGGGUGAAGAUGGUGAUAAUCCAUCCUGUAGGGGAGGGAAAACACCAGGUUGGGAAGGUGGCUGGUCUUUUGGCCGGUCGUCUGGUUCUGCAGACGAGUCCAAAGGCUGUCUGGCCAAGGUAUUCUGCUGUACUUCCGCAAAGUAGUUGCUAGAUCGGACAAGAAGUGUUCCCGAGGCGAAGGUCGGUACGACUGCCAAAUGACCCUGACCAUCCGUGACUAGCCAUAACCAGCCCGACGAUAUCAUGCCCGACGCCGAUGCGACGAAGCGCUCUUUGAGCAUGUUUACGUCCUUGAACGCAGGUGUGAUUGCGGCCAUGAGUUCUGGAGGAGGUUCGUCUUCGCUUGGGUCUUCGCUGGGAGGUUUCAAACAAUCCAAGAAAAAGCUAUUAUUCGCUGCCAGACACGCAUAGUUAAAAGCCCCGACGUUCUUCUGAUCACCAGCGGAGUCAAUAAUAAUCUGCAAUACGUUUGGUUUCGCAAGCGGUGUACCUCUCACUUGCUCAUUAAGUCUCUCUAAUAACCCGUCUUGCCACUCUACUACAGUUUUGAGGGCACUUGGAGGGAGAAAGUCACCAAGGCCAUUUUCAAUUGGAUAUCUGAGUUCUCUUCGGGUGUGCACAGUAUGUGUCGAACGUCGACUUUGCAGUGUCGCUGCACAAGUAUUCCAUCUCCUCCUUCGCACCACGGUUGAAGCCCGCGUUGGCACCGCCGAUAGCUGGCGAAAGAGAGUAUUCAUGACGAAUACGAUGUUUGGCGUAAAGCCAAAGGAAUAGAGACGCGAUGGAAAAC